AUGCCCCGAAAACAAAAAAGCACCCCCCUGAUAAUGCUGGAUUUAACCCCUUCCUCCGUGGAGCUGAUGAAGAGGGCUCAGCUGCAGCAAUACUGCAAGAAGCUGGGACUGCAUGGAGGGGGAAAGAACACGGAUCUCAUCCAGAGGCUGCAGGACCACUUCAAGAAACCCGCCAACAGCAGCCAAAAGUCUCCUCGGACCCCUUCUCCUCCACCUUCUCCUCCACCUCCUCCACCUCCACCACAGGAUGCUAAAAACCAUCCAGAGCCUCCAGGAGGACGAGGCUGGUGUGUGGUGCAUGGGCAGCAGCUGACCUACAACCACUGGUUUCCCCUAACCCUGCGCUGUGGCCGGGUCUGCCUUACCGGUCGUGGCUCCUAUACCCCUCUCCACCUGACUCCUUCCUCUGUCUCCACUCCGCCCGGGCUUCAGGACAACCUCAUAUGUAGUGACUGCAUGGAGAGAAAUCAGGAGAAGGAAUCCCGGCUGCAGCAAAAGUCCAUUAUUCAAGAUGGAUCGUGUCCGAGCACCGGCCAGUCUACCUCUAUGGGCACAUCUCGCCAUCGUAACAAGUCUGGAAAAUUCCAACCACAAGAAGAUCCGGAGUAUGCAAAAAGGGUGGAUGAACUUCUCGACCAAAUGGCCGCAGGACACGUCGACUCCCAGAAGGUCUUACAGCCUAUCCGGCCGGCCGUUGUUCACUCUCCGGUGGGGAAACAAGAAAGGAGCCCCAUUCCCAUAAAUCCAUAAGCA